GUUCUUAAACCCUGUUUGCCUGAAGAUGUUGCUGCGUUGGAGAUUGGUGCGAUGGCUUGUGGAUACCAGAAGGUUCAGUUCCGCAGUGUCUGCCAGCAGUCUGUGCUUUGUGCCAGCCAGUGUACCUAUAAGCUUGGAGGCACUGGAACAGCUUCAGAGCUUUGUGACACAAACCAAAAGACUCUUUGUGAUCACUGGUGCUGGGCUCUCCACUGAAUCAGGCAUACCUGACUACCGGUCAGAAGGAGUUGGACUGUAUGCUCGCACAGACAGACGACCCAUCCAGCAUGCUGAGUUUCUGCGGAGUUUCAAGGCUCGCCAGCGCUACUGGGCUCGCAACUAUGUUGGAUGGCCUCAGUUCUCUUCGCACGGGCCAAACUCGGCACACCUAGCAUUGCGCAGCUGGGAAGCUCUGGGGAAGGUGCACUGGCUCGUGACCCAGAACGUUGAUGCGCUACAUUCUAAGGCGGGACAUCAGCAGUUGACUGAGCUACACGGCUGCGCGCACAGGGUGGUGUGUCUGGACUGCGGGUCCGUUUCUGACCGGGAAACAUUACAGGCCCGCUUUGCGGCCCUGAACCAUGGAUGGGCAGCAGAGGCAACGGAUGUGGCGCCGGAUGGGGAUGUCUUCCUCUCUGAUGAGCAGGUCCAGCAAUUUCAAGUCCCGUCAUGUGAAGACUGCAGGGGCAUGCUGAAGCCAGAGGUCACAUUCUUUGGGGACACUGUGGCCCGGAAAACAGUUGACUUUGUGCACCAAAGACUGGCGGAAUCAGAUGGAGUGCUUGUCGUCGGCUCCUCCUUGCAGGUUUAUUCUGCGUACAGAUUCAUUCUGGCAGCUAGUGAAAGCAAAAUUCCAAUUGCCAUCCUGAACAUUGGACCGACCAGAGCAGACCACCUGUCCAGCCUGCGAAUUAGUGCCCGCUGUGGGGAGGUACUGCCUUCCAUCCUCCCUCUUUGACGGUACCGGGGGAGCCAUAAGUUUGGCAUGCUCACCAUCUGGAGCAAGACAAGAAGAUGAGGCUGGCAUCAUGAAGGACAGUACACCCAAGAAAAGGCCUGUUUUUGUCAAACUACAAUAAUGUCAGCUUGUGUAAUUAUUUGCCAGAAUAAGGUUACAGUUUUCUGUAGAAAAACAACAGGGAUUUCAGGAUACAAUUCAAUGAAAAAUGAGAAAUCAUUGCAGCGGAAAGAACAGCAAGUUAUAUUUUGCUGUUUUUAUUUGUAAUGUAGUGCUUACACUGUAAAUAGAAAUAAUGAUAGAGGAACAUUUAAUUGUGUGCUAUAAAGAUAACAGGUACAGAAUUCUAUUUUUUUCUGAGAUACGCUACUAUCACUACCCAUCCGGGUAACUGUUAACUGAGUUGUCUCAGAAAGAGUCAGCACAGCAAAUUUGCAAUUGUAUUCUAACAGGACAGCACAAUGUUGUGGUAAAGCUAAUGUGGUUACGGUAAUGAAACACUACAGUUUGGUAUAGCCAAGCAAACUACAUUCUGCAGAACUGUAGAAAAUCUGUAGCAACAAUUUUAACGGACAGAAGUUCACCCACAUCACACAGACACAUUUUCUGUCUGUGAACUUGACGGUGAUUUGAAAAAAUAAUUCACAUAGUGG